CCACAGGAGAGAUCGGGUGUACCGUUGCUUUUGCCGCUGUGCGUCUCGUAGACAGAAGCGCUUAUUCACUGUUUCGUUUUGUGUAGAAACAAACUUGUUUUUUUGACAUUCCGGUGCUUGGUUAGUGCUCAAGCAAGAUUGUAUAGUCUGAUCAAGUGCAUGUUAGAUAACUUAUUUUGAUAAAUGUAUUCAUGCAAAUGAAAAUAGAUUUAGAGCCCCAGACGAAUGGAUAUUGAUGAAUUGGGUUACCGAAUUGCAAGUUUAAAUAUAUAUCGAGAAUUAAACAGCUUUCUGUGUUUAUAAUUAUAAUAAGCAUAUGUAUAGAAGACAAACCGAAGUAAUCGCUCUCGGAAAAUGAUGAAUCGAGGAUUAAUCUGACGAAACAUUAAACUUCAUCAUUAUUUUAUACCGUGUGUAUAUUUGAGUACGAUAAGUCACGGCCAGGGCUCCGUGUGCGAGGUCGCCGUCACGCCAUUUGGAUCGUCAACUAUUAUGGUUGUGAGCCUCUCGUGAGUUCGUAGACCGACUUCCCACAACAUGCUGCGGGUGUGGGCACUGACUUGGCUGUGGGUGGCGGGGUGCGCCCGUGCCUUCGGGUCGGAGUGGUCUUACGAGGGCGCGACCAUCACCCUCGCCAACCUCAACAUCUCCUACAGCGACCCCGCGACGGGCAUGAACAGGACGGACGUCGGCGAGGUGGGCAAGUUCGGCAGCGGGGCGGUGGGCGUCGCGGCCGGAAUCCUAAUCGUGGGCCACUCCUUGGACGGGGGCGACCCCAGGCACAACAGGCACGGCUGCAAGAUGCCCUGGGCGGUGGUGCCCCCCAAUGAGCCGUGGGUGGCGCUGGUGUCCCGCGGCGAGUGUGCCGACAGGGAGAAGAUCGCCAACGCCCAGGCCCUCAACGCCUCGGCCAUCCUCGUGUACGCCAAGGACGCGCAAGAACACCUGCAGAAGAUCGCCCUGUCUUCCUUCUCACGCCAUAUCUACACCACCACCCUGCAGCGACUCCAGAGAUACCCAGUCAUGUUGACGCCCGACACGGAGACUCGGCGCGUUGUAGGAGGUGAGCGCGGAGUGGUGGUGUUCCUGGCGCACCAACAGGGGGAGCAGCUGGCCAGAAUGGUGGAGAAUGGUACCAAGGUCUAUGUGUCGAUUACCAGGGGCGAGGAUGUCAAAUACCGGGUCACUAGCAUUAACCGAAGUGUUCGCAGUCACAUGUUCGUGGCCUAUAACCCCCUGUGCGAACGCGACAUGGUCCUCAUGGACUGUGCCAUCGUGACGUCGGUGCUGUUUGUGUCGGUGUCCUUCAUCAUCCUUAUGGUGAUUUCCCUUGCCUGGCUCAUCUUCUACUAUAUACAGAGGUUCCGCUACAUCCACGCCAAAGAUAGGCUGGCGCGCCAUCUUUGCAAUGCAGCCAAAAAAGCGUUAUCGAAAAUUCCAGUCAAGAAUUUAAAGUCUGGAGACAAGGAAGUUGUGACAGAAAACGAAUGUUGCGCUGUCUGCAUCGAGCCUUAUCAAGUGUCAGACACAGUCAGGACUUUGCCUUGCAAACACGAGUUCCACAAGAGCUGCGUCGACCCUUGGCUUCUGGAGCACCGAACGUGUCCCAUGUGCAAGAUGGACAUUCUGAAAUUUUAUGGAUUCGUCUUUUCUGGGAGUACCGAGACUGUAGUACCAAUGGAUGAUCAUGAGAUGGAGUUUGAACUAAGUUUAAGUGGCAGUGAAGAAAGUGUGCUGCAACUAGACAUGCUGGAAGACACCUCUGGGGGGGAUAUUGAAGCUCGGGCCCCCACCCCUCCUCCCCCUGUCAACCCGCGGAGCAGCCAUGUGUCACAGGUCAUGGUUGUGCCUCGUGCUGAGACGUCAGUGAGUGAAAAUUCAUGUGAUGGCUGGUCAGAGACGCCAGUCCCAGACACCCCUAUUUCUCCAGUCCAUCAGCCCCAGAACAGUGCUCCCCCUCCUGGCUCUGCAACCUCAUCGGUGUUGAGGUCCGUGUUGGGCUCGGCUCGAAGUAGAGCUAGCCAGUCUGCAAGAGUAUCUCAGUCUAGUCAAACAACUGCAUCUGCCACGGUAUCCAGGCUAUCCAGGCCACCCACACCACAGUCAGAGAAAGGAGAAAGCAGGAAAGAUGAAGGCCUAGAGCAAGGACAGGAUUGUGAUGCCAAAAGUGAAGCUGAAUUGGCAUCCGUCUGUUCUGAUGACUUUAGUGAUGCUCUGAGCACUCAUAGUGCAGCAGAAAUUACUGCAGAUGAUUCAGGAAUAACUUGUCCAAACGAAAAUACAGAUCAAGUCAAUGUAAACAUUAAUGUUAACAGUGCAACAAAUUGCAUAUAUGUGUUACCAUAUGAGAACACAUCUGAGAGCGUAACUGCUAUAAGCGCCACAUCUUCCGUCCCAUCAAGUGCCCAGACACAUUCAUCAUCUACUUCGCAGUCUCCUUCUCGUAAAUCCUCAGUAUCCAGUAGGAGAUCAACCUUACACUCUAGGUCAUCUCCCAAGAAAAGGUCAACCUCAAGGACAAGGUCUAUUUCUAGAAGGAGAUCUUCGUCUCGAACAAGAUCCCCAUCCAGAGGGAGACCAUCACGUCAGGAGUCUCCCUCACACUCUGCCCUAACUGUUGCUUCCAGAUCUGGUAGAGUGUAUUCACGUCCUUCCAGCCAUAUUGUUAGUGUAUCUCAUGUCUAAGUGAAUGACAGACAGACUAAUGUGAUCAGAGAAAUGUUUGUGAAAGCUAGUGGUUAUGGUGAUAUGCUUCCACAUGUUCCUGGAAGGCUGAAUUGUCUGUGAUCAUACAACCUGAAGGUGCCGUCUAGUUUUUCUGGAACUGUUUACAUGUAAUCGUUUACCUAAACCACAACAUCAGCAAGUAUGAAGUCAAGGAUAUUUUGGCAUUGCCCAUCGUAAACAUUAUCCUAGAAAUAUCAGUGAUUGUUACCAUUAUGAUAAGUAGAAAAGACAUAAUCUUUUUAAGAUUCUUAUGAGGAUAAAGCAUUAUAUUUGACCAGUGUUAUGACUGUAAUUAUAACUGAUGAGUAACUGAAUGGUAUGUCUGCCUAAAAUCUGUAUUUCUAUUUAAACAUUAUAUACUGCUGACUUCUGUCUUGAUGAAUCAUUCUCAACUAAAGUUAAAUGUUUCCCCUAAUAUUGUGGGCCAUUGUAGCAGAUCUUGCUAAUUGACAUACACAAGUCGGCAAUUUUGGUGGUCGUUACUUUUUUUUCCAUGUUAGUUGCAUGCUUCCAUUCUGAGUGUUAUUUUUCAUGGGAGUAAGAUAAUAAAUAGUGAACCAUAGCUGAGACAGGCUCACUGAGAGGAAGGGUUGAGAAUCACUGAUCUAGAUAAUGAAAUCAGACUUUUUUUAUGAUUCUAUGUUGCUUGUGUAGAGUUAUAGAUGCUUAAAACAUAUUCAAGCCUAUUUACUAAAUCAUUUUCAGCAAAAGUGAAUUUGACAUGUUUUAACCAAAGCAUGUUAUGUCAGACAAGUACCCUAAGUUGCUCAUGCUUUUUUUUUUCUCUGAAGUUAUGAAUGUGUUUUAUGUUUUCUCAAUCAGUUAUAUUUAUGUUUCUCUACACAGAUAAAUUGACUUUCAUUCAUGUAUACACACACACGCACACGCACGCACGCACCCACACACACACACACACACACACACACACACACACACACACACACACACACACACACACACACACACACACACACACACACACACACACACACACACACACACACACACACACACACACACACACACACACACACAUAUAUAUAUACUACUAACAAAAUGUGUGUUAGAGAUUAUUUUUAUAUUUUCCUUAGCUAUUGUGCUAUCAGUCAUUUACAACAGUGAAAAGGAUAUAAGCUUAUUACACAGAUGAAUGUAAUAAACACUAAAUGAAACAUGAUAACUUGCUACCUUAUAUAAUUUGCUCAAUUUUAGAUGCUUUUUAGAAUAUUGAAAUGCUGUACACAUUUUACUGUUACAGUACGAGAUUAUGUUUGAAUUCAUUGGAUUCUUGUGAUUUCGAAUCCACCAAAGGGCGGCAGCUUAAGUAAAACCUUGCUGACAGUUUUUACAAAGAUGGGAACAUAGAUAUUACUAAAUAUCUUGGGAGAUGUUGAGAACAACCUAAGUGGUAAUUCUACAUUUUUAUGAAAUAUGUUGAUUUUCUGUAACAGAAAUCAGAUCCUGUAUUACGCAUGUCCAGAAUGAAGGAAGGCAAGACACUAUAGAAAUAUUUAAAACUUUUUUAUAUAUAUAUAUAGUGUUGAUAGCUCAUUUCCUGCAAUCUUAAAGUUGAAUAAUGUUUUUCUUUGAUAAUGAAUGUCUGGAUGGGAUAUUAUUAAGCUGAUGAGCAUACAAGCAUCAGACUGAAGAAAGUGUGCGGUACUGUAGUUGGUCUGUCAUUGUCAAUAACAGGCCAUAUUACGGUCAUGAUAUAUGUAUGUCAAGGUAGUGGAAGUAUGUAUUUCUGAAUAAUCAAGUGUGCAGAGAUGCACUGUCUCCUGUUUUCAUAAGUUUCAGAAAAAGGGAAGAAUCCUAAUCACUGAUGUGCCAAAGACUGCACUGUGUCUUUACUGUUAUAAUGACCCUCUAUGGGGACACCCACAUUAUCUUGGAUAUAGUCAUAUUGAAAAGUGAGGCAUAAAUCUGAGGCCUCAUAAGAAACUUCUUUGGCAGCACUGUAUUUUUUUGUAUACAUAUAUACAGGAUGGCAAAUAAGAUGUUAUGCAUCACCUGAUCUCAUAAACACUAACAUUUGUGCAUUGUACCUUUUAUCACCUGUGUUACAUUUUUUCUCAUUUUUCAUCAUUGCUAUGGUAAUCAUCUACAAUUAAUGUCCCGCAGCUUGGUCUUCACUGUUGUAUAACAGUGUCUUUUGAUCAAUAUAUUCAUUGUACUAAAUACUCAUGUCCUUAUCAUGUACUCCUCUAGCUAUUUGCAAUCAUCACUGACAAAAUGAUAGAAAUGAGAAUAUCCACAUUCAUCUUCAUUUAACAACCAUUCUCCAUGGUUACAUGGCUUAACUUGCAAAGUUACCAUAUACUGUUUGUCUCUACAGCAUAUAAGUUAAAUUCUGAAUAAAAAUCGUAUAAGGAUCAAAUAGCCACAAAAUUAAUGGCUGAAUAUUAAAAUGUGAUCCUUAUCUGUUUGUUACUUGAUGAAUUGUGCUUUAUGUGUUUUGGAAUGAAAUCCAAGUAUUCAUUUUCCAAGUGGCAGAUUUGCAUCAUGUAACAACUGUCCUAAAUGUGACAUAUUUUUGUAUGUAUUUUGGUAGCUUUCAGAUAAUGAUACUCAUAUGAGGCCCAGGAUUUAUGGGGAAAAAAUCUGUGUAAUUUAUCUUUUGUAUGUAAUAUACCUCUUUAAAUCACUUAUAUUUAGUGGUUCAUAAUAUUUGGGUGUCUAUUAUAACAUAUGUAACUUACAUGUUGAAUAAAUGAUAUCUUUACA